AUGGAUUGCAUAAGUCCAGUUGUAGAUGUUGUCACCAAAUACUUAUGUGAUCCCUUUUUUCGACAAAUCGGCUAUCUCGUAAAUGUGAAAGAGAAUGUGAAGAAAUUAGCAAAAGAAAUGGGAACUGGCACAAAAGGCGAUGUUCAGAGGAGCUUAGAUACUGCUCGUCGUGAAGGAAAAAGCUCUACACAUGCAGUAGAAGUGUGGUUGAGACAAGUCCAGGAAAUUGAAGCGAAUGCAGUUGCUAUACAAGCGGAGUAUGAAAAAGGAAAGACAUGCCUAAGAGGGCUGGGUCCAAAUUGCUGGUGGUACUAUAGACUCGGCAAGAGAGCAGCCAAGCUCAUGGUAGAGGUGGAGGACAAGUAUAAAGAGAACUUUGAUGGGGUGGCGACGACACCUCCUCCAGAGGUGGUAGAAGAGUUGGAAACCACACCAAUUGAUGACCAACAGACUGCAACAGACAUGAUACAAAAGGUUCUUGAUUGUAUAAAUGAUGAAGAGACCCGGAUUAUUGGUGUGUAUGGUAUGGGGGGCAUUGGCAAGACGACCCUCAUGAAAAAUGUUAAUAAUCGACUCGGUUCUAGUUCCUGCUUCGACACUGUGAUAUGGGUUACUGUGUCAAAUAAUCCAGAUGUGGCUAGCAUGCAGAAGAAGAUUGGAGAUCGAUUGGGCCUUGAUAUAUCCAAGGCAGCUGAUAUUGGGAGUGAACCGUUGAAAGUUCUAAGAAAUAAAAGGUUUCUACUAAUUUUGGAUGAUGUGUGGAAGAGAUUUGAACUGAAAACAUUAGGAAUUCCUCGCCCAACUGUUGGGAACAAGAGCAAGGUUAUCCUAACGACCCGAUAUGCUCAUGUGUGUAGCGAUAUGGAGGCUGACAGAAGCAUUGAAGUAAAGAAAUUACCAGAGGCAGAAGCGCGGAGUCUGUUCCGAAAGAAAGCAGGUCCACUUGUUGCCUCUGAAUCAAUAGAAUCCCUCGCCGAAACCAUUCUUAAAAGGUGUUAUGGUUUACCGCUCUCUAUCGUCACUGUGGCACGGGCUAUGGCAAACAAAAAGGAAGUGGCAGAGUGGGAGGACGCCAUAGCUGAAAUGAACCUGUCUGCAGCAAAUUUACGCGGUAUGGUUGAAGAUGUGUUUAUCCCACUGAAGUUUAGUUAUGAUAAAUUAGAUAAUGAUCUCAAAACAUUGUUUUUGUAUUGCUCACUAUUCCCGGACGACUUUUUAAUAGCAGGCGAAGAAUACCACCUACUUAAUUUCUGUGUAGGGGAAGGCCUAGUAGAUAGGCAAGGUACUCGAGAUAGACCAGCUACUCUCCAUGCCGCUCGUAACAAGGCCUGUACUUUGGCUCGAAGCCUUAAAGCAGCAGGCAUGUUAGAAGAUGGUGACGAUGGCAAAACCUGGAAAUUGCAUGACGUGUUGCGAGAUUUGGCAUUGUGGAUCACUUCAACAAAGUCAGUGGAGGGCCUUAUGUUCAUAGUAAAGGCGCCUGAAGCUGCAGAAUGGCAAGAAGCUGAGAGGAUCUCACUGAGGGAUAAGAAUGUUGAAGAACUCCCUGAGUUGUCCGAGUGCACAAAACUUCGCACCCUACUGCUCUGUUGUAAUAAAUCCCUGAAAGCCAUCCCUCAACUUCGUUUCUUUGAAUGCAUGCAUUCUCUUCGCGAACUCGAUCUCUCUGAGACUGGGAUUAAAUCCCUUCCUCAUUCCCUAUCAAACUUAGUGAACCUCCGCGUUCUUUGUUUGGCACAUUGUGAGGGACUUGAAGAAGAGCUUCCACCAGAAAUUGGAGAACUUGGAAAACUCCAAGUUUUGGAUCUUGAGGGUGCUUUAGAUUGA